AUGUCCAGUUUUGAUGUGAACGCAAUUAUCGAGAAGGCCGAGUCCAAGGAUAAGGAUCUUCGUCAUAUGGCUCUCUACGAUUUGAGCAAUGAAUUACAAAAGGAAAACUUAAAGUUGGACGAAACUAGUCAAAGACAAUUGGCUGAUAUUGUUUUGAGAUUGUUGGACGAUAAAUCAAGUGAAGUUCAAGGUGUUGCUGUCAAAUGUCUUCCACCGCUCGUAAACAAGAUGAGCAAGGUCCAAAUUGAAAACAGUAUCACAUCUCUCAGCUCAAACAUCCUCAAGGGUGAAGAUGAAAAGAGAGACAUUGCAGCCAUUGCUCUCAAGACUGUCAUUUCUGAAAUUCCAAUCGAGAAUGCCCUCUCACCAAUCAAGAAGUGUGUCAAUCCACUCCUCCAAGGUCUUGCCAGCGACAACCCAGAAAUUAAACUUGUUGCUCUCGAUGUCUUGUCCGAUUUGUUGGGACGUUUCGGUACAAUGGUUGUGGAGGAACAUGAAAAAUUGCAAACAGCCUUCGUUGAAGAAUUGAAGUCAUCAAGAGUAUCCGUUCGAAAGAGAGCCAUUGCUUGUCUUGCUGCUCUCUCUGUGAACACCAAUGACAAAUUAUUCGAUACAUUGCUGACUGGUAUUGUGAAUGGUAUUGAUUCAUUGAUCAAGACAAUGAAGAAGCAAAAGGAUAAUAAGAAGGUUGAAGAACUCUCGACAUAUAUUCAAUCUUGCAGUGCAAUUUCCAAGACUGCUGGACACAGAUUUGGCAAAUACUUGUCAAGAAUUAUUCCAUUGUUCAUGGAUGCUGCUGAAAUUAUUGCCGGAUCUCUCGACGAGGAAGACGAAGAAAUGAUGGACACCAACACUGAAGUCAAUGAUGAAGUUCGUGAAUACAUUACUCAAGCAUUUGAAGCCUUCGUUACAAGAUGCCCAGAUGAAGUCACCAAAUACAUUGACUAUGUAAUUAUCAUUUGUAAGGAAUAUUUGGAAUAUGAUCCAAACUACUCGUAUGACGACAGUGAAGAUGAAGCUGAAGCCUCUGAUGCCAUGGUAGAUGAAGGUGAAGAAGAUGAAGGUGGUUUGGGCGACGAUCUCGAUGAAGGAGGAUUGUCUGAAGAUGACGAUGUCACUUGGAAAGUUCGUCGUUCUGCUGCCAAGUGUUUGGGUUCACUUAUCAGAUCCAGACCAGAAUUGUUGGCUGCAUUCUACACUGAAUUGUGCUCUGAUGAAGACAUUUCAUUGAUUCGUCGUUUCAAGGAAAGAGAAGAACCAGUGAAACUCGAUAUUUUCAAUGUUUUCAUCGAUUUGUUGCAUCAAUCAUAUUCCACAAAGACCUCUCCAUCAGGCGAAGUUACCUACAAACAACAUGAUGAAGUUGCUUUUGUUGAAACAACCAAAGAUGCCAUCAUGAAACGUAUCAAGAAGCAAUUGAAGGAAAAGUCUGAAAAGACCAAGAUUGGUGUUUUCCAAAUUUUGAAAGCUCUCACCAUCACUUUACAAGGUGGUUUAUCAAAGUAUAUCAAGGAUCUUGUUCCACCAAUUUGUGCUGCUUUGAAUGAAAAGGGAGAACAAUCUUCAUUGAAAUUGGAGACUUUGUCAUUCCUCAAGACAUUUAUUCAAUUCCACAAACCAGAGGAAUUUAAACCACAUUUGGAGACAUUGAUGAAGUCUGUUUUUACUUGUGUCAAUGACAAGUAUUACAAGAUUAUCACUCAAGCUUUGAGAGUUUGUGGUGAAUUGGUUUUGGUCAUCAAGACUUGCGUCAAUGAAUCAAACUUUGCUAAUCUAGUCAAACAAUUGCAAAGCAAUGUUUUUGACAAGUUGAAGAUUCAAGACAUUGAUCAAGGUGUUAAAGAAAGUGCCAUUACAACAACUGGUUUGAUUGUUUCACACUUGUCUGACAAGUUACCAAACUUGAAUGAUACUCUUACAGUUUUGAAGGAAAGAUUGCAAAACGAAAUUACUCGUCUCACUGCUGUUAGAACUUUUACUGUCAUUGCUCAACACAAUGUUGACAUUUCACAUGUUUUGGUUGAGACUGUGAAUUUGUUGUCUGACUUUUUAAGAAAGGAUAACCGUGCUCUCAGACAAGCUGCUUUGGCUGCUUUGAGUCAAUUCUCUGUUUCCUACAAGAGCAAGAUUGAUACCAAGUUGUUCACUGUUGUCAUUAAUGAAGCUGCUGAAGUCAUGAAUGAAAAGAAGUCAGACUUGCAUUUGGCUCACUUGGCCUUCAAGUUGGUUAAACAAAUUGUUGAUGCUAACCCAGACACUUUAUCUUUGGUUCAAAAGGCUGUCUUACCAAAGAUUUUGGAUUUAUUGGCAAGCCCAACCUUGCAAGGAAACUGUUUGGACUCUUUGUUGGUUGUUUUAGCCUUGUUGGUUCCUUCCGUCGGUUUUGAUAACAUUUUGAAGCAAGUUUUGAGCAUUCCAAAGGAAUCCAAGCAAGUCUUUACAAAUAUUGGUAAAGCCGUUGCUGCUAUUUGUAGCGCUGGUUCUCAAAAGGACAAGACUGCAACCAUUGAAAAGUUUGCCAAGGAUUUAAAGUCAAAGGAUGACUCGGCAAGAAUGUUGGCCUUGUUCACUUUGGGUGAAAUUGGUCGUACUAUUGACUUGUCUUCACACGGUACUGUCAGUCAGGAUAUUGAAGCAUGUUUCGAAGAGGAAGGUUCAGAAGAAUUGAAGAAUGCUGCUUCGUAUGCCCUUGGUAACGUUUCAGUUGGUAACUUGGCUAAAUUCUUGCCACAAAUCAUUAAGGGUAUCAGGGAAAGUCCAAAGAAGAAGUACCUCCUCAUCCACUCUCUCAAGGAAGUUAUUACUCAAUCGGAGGCAUCUAAGCUCAAACCAUUCAUUUCUGAAAUUACUCCACUAUUGUUUGACAACUCACAAGAAGAGGAAGAAGGUGUUAGAAAUGUUGUCUCUGAAUGUUUGGGUAAACUUGCCAUCAACGAUUAUGACAAUGUUGUUUCUCAACUCAAGGAAAAGUUGUCCCUCUCUGAUGCCACUAGAUCAACUGUUAUUGGUGCCAUCAAGUAUGCAGUUACUGACGAGCCAUCUCCAAUUGAUAGCAAGUUAACUGAAGAUCUUCCAGUCUUUUUGUCACAAUUGAACAAGAACCAACCUGUAAGCGUUAGACGUGCUGUUGUCUUGUUGUUAAACAGCGUGGCUCACAACAAGCCAGAAAUUGUGGGUGAUGCUUUGGAAAAGGUUCUUCCUUCCUUGUAUGCUGAAUGUGUUUUCGAUCCAAACUUAGUCCGUGUAAUUCACUUGGGUCCUUUCACUCACAAGAUCGAUGAUGGUUUGGAUUUGCGUAAGUCUGCAUUCGAAUGCAUGGACACCAUUUUGGACAAUUACAGAUCAAGAAUUGAUCCAAACAAGUUCAUUGCUCAAUUACCUGCUGGUUUGGAUGAUGAGAAUGACGAUAUUAAGAUGUUGACUCACUUGAUUGUACAAAAAUGUUGUGCUCAAUUCCCAAGAUCCUUGUUGACUUCUGCCGAUCAACUCGUUGUUCCUUUCACAAAUACCUUGAAGAAGAAGCUCAAGGACAACGCAUUGGCUCAAGAAAAGGAAAGACAUGAGGAGUUGUUGAGAAGCUCAUUGAAGGCCGUUCAUGCUAUCAGAUCCAUUCCUGGUAUUGAAGACAGUGCUCAAUUCACUGACAUGUUUAACAAGCAAAUUGUUGCUAAUCAAAAGUUAAAACAAACCUAUGACGAAAUUGCUGAAGCUCAUGACGAGUUUGAAUUUUAA